CUGCGGCUGCGUGAUUAACGUCCCUCCCCUACCCAUUGGAAGGAACAGGGUCCAGCGGAGGCAAAAUCCAGCGAGAAUUCUCGCGAGGUCUACCACCUUCGUGGGAUUUCCGGCUGUUGCCUGUCUGUUGCCGGGCGGUGAUUCGCAGUAUUGUUCAUUCCACCUCGGAGGAGAAACAACCGCAUCCCCGAGGCUCCCGCGUAAGAGGCUUCAUCCGCGCCAUGGCUGAUUCUUACUCAGUCUUGGGCAGCCUUCCCCUCUUUUGUAGAAGAAUUGGUACCUGCAGAUCUGUUGGGCCUUGGUAACCCCAGUCCAUGGCACCACCCAGUAUUUUGUCCUAGUAAUGCGGAGCUCAGGACUUUUUUUUUUUAUCUUGGCUGGCAGUUGACCCAUCAACGCCUGAGCCCAAGGAAAAGGUCUCUUCUAUCACCUGCUACUAAUCUUUAACUAAAGAUUGAAUUGGAAAGUUUCUCUGAUCUCUUGCUUUACCCUUCUUCCACCCUUCCUUGUCUUAUCUUUGCCACAAAAAAUAUACACAGAAUUGUGAGGUGAGAGAGCCAUGGAGGCAGCUGAGUCGGUGAUUGUCAGGUCUAAAGGAGACCAAAGGUGCAACACCAAGCCAGAUGCAGACUAUCCUCUCAGAGUCCUCUACUGUGGAGUCUGCUCAUUGCCAACAGAGUAUUGCGAAUACAUGCUUAAUGUAUCAAAAUGCAGGCAAUGGUUAGAAAAGAAGUUUCCAAAUGAGUUUGCAAAACUUAUUGUAGAAACAUCUCCUAAACAAGCAUCUGGAGUUGGAGAAGGUCAAGGAACAACUGGUGAAGAGGAAGAAAAGAAAAAGCAAAAGAGAGGUGGAAGAGGUCAGAUAAAACAGAAGAAAAAAUCUGUUCCUCAAAAAGUUACAAUAGCAAAAAUUCCUAGAGCAAAAAAGAAAUAUGUUACAAGAGUGUGUGGUCUCGCAACUUUUGAAAUAGACCUUAAGGAAGCACAAAGAUUCUUUGCUCAGAAGUUCUCUUGUGGUGCCUCAGUCACGGGAGAAGAUGAAAUAAUCAUUCAAGGGGACUUUACAGAUGACAUCAUUGAUGUAAUCCUGGAAAAAUGGCCUGAGGUGAAUUAUCUUCUGUCUUGCACUUUGUGUGUUUGUUUGCUUAUGUCAGAGAGAGGAAGAGUGAGAGAGACACAGAGAGAGGAAGAACAAAAUUAUGUGUAUUUAAAUUCCUGUUGUAUUAUCAUGAAAACUUUUUGAAUCUUAAAAAUGUUCUUUAAUCUGUUUUUAGUGGGGCAGAGUGCAUCAGACACUUUCAGAGAAAGCAGUAGAUACAGACCCAGUACAGGUUUUAUAAAUAGCUAUAUUGGUUACACAGACAAAGCGGAAACAUCACAUUUACUCUAACGUUCACUCAUAAUCCAUUAAUUCACAUACAUUCAACAUUCAUACCAUCUCUCUCUGCAUUUCAAGAAGAUGGAAGAUAGUGAGACAAGGUUAGUGACUAGACUGACCACAGGUUUGGAUUUUUCUUCUAAUGAGGGAUAGCUUGUCAAGGCUUUUGUUAAGAGAUUAUUCAAUAUUCAGCAACAUUCUAUUUCCCAUCAACUCAUUGGUUGAAUUAGUAUGAUAUAAGAUUAUAAAGUGGGGUGAAAUCUUUCUAGUUAUUUACUGUGCAUGAACUAUAUAUACACAUUUUGUUAUUACAGUAGAGUCUCUCUUAUCCAACUUACACAGGCCGGCAGAAGGUUGGAUAAGCAAAAAUGUUGGAUAACAAGGAGGGAUUAAGGAAAAGCCUAUUAAAUGUCAAAUUAUGUUAUGAUUUUACAAAUUAAGCACCAAAUCAUCGUGUUUUACAACAAGCCUGCCACUUGUUUGGGAGCGUGGCUGCACUUGUGUUGUUGUUGGGCGUGUUGGCCUGCUGCACGUUGCUGCCUGGAGAAAUAGCUGUGGCUCCGGGCGGGAGGCAGACUGCGUUGGAUAAUACAGAACGUUGGAUGAGUGGAGGUUUACUGUAUUAUGAAUCCCAUUAUAAAUAAUAACCUUCAUGGCUGUUUUCAUCAUUAACUGAAAAGCUUCAACUCCUUAGGUACAACUCCAUAUUUUACCCCCAUUGCUGUUAUUUCUCCAUAACUUACUUUAGCAGAAAAUGUGUGUGUUAUGUUUUAAAAGUUGAGGUAUUUUAUGCCCAAUCAUGUUAUUUCACAUGCAAGGCCUGAUUUGAUCCCAGAGAAAAAAACCUCACCAAACCAGAGCUAGCAUGCUUCUACUAAAUAUUUUUGUAAUGCUGAUAAAUACAGUUUAUGUGUUGUAGGUUGAUGAUGAGAACAUUGACGAUUUGGGAGAAGUCAAGAAGUGAAAAUGUGUUUUUAAAAAACAAAACCUGCCUUCUGACCAGCAACAAGUUUUAGUUGAUGUGGCCAACAUAAAGUUUCUUCUUGCUUGAUAGCAGAAUUAUUAAAAGGCACCUUAUUGUUGGCAUUUCACUGUUCUGUAUUGGUCACUUAUAUUAUUGUGUUUUUGCCAAAUUUAAAACCUAAGGAAGUAAGACCAUCAUGCUUCCACAGAGACUUGAUUGAAUAAAAAGUAAUUGUUCCUUAUUCAAAUGGUUUUUAAACAUUUUUCCUAACAGAGUUUAAUUUUUCAGCAAGCUUUGAGAUUAUGUUUUCAAAAGAAGAUAGAUAUCAUGAAAAAUAGAUGCUUUGUAUGAAUUUACAGGAGUGGCCGCGGUGGCACAAUGGGUUAAACCUUUAUGCUGGCUGAGCAGCUGACCUGAAGGUCAGUGGUUUGAAUUUGCAAGAUGGGGUGAGCUCCUGCCUGUCAACCCCAGCUUUCCAUGCAGGGACAUGAGAGAAGCCUCCCAGCAGGAUGAUAAUACAUCUGGGUGUCCUCUGAGCAACAUCUUUGUAGAUGGCUGAUUCUCUCACACCAGAAGCAACUUGUCUCAAUUCGCUUCUGAUGCAAUAUAUUUUUUUUACAGGAAAUCAAAUAAGAGUUCCUCACAAAUGUCUGGGGUGUUACAGAUAACUCAUUUGUUGCUAUGCACUUGAAUAGACUAACAUAAAUGUCCUUCUGGAAAUCAAAAGGUGCUGAGCUUCUUUGUCUACAAGAUUACCGUGAACAUUCUGUAUCCCCAGAGCUCCAGAGAAAAUAUGUUAGGAUACACCAACUGCCUCAGUAGAUGUGUGUUGCUCUAUAUUGUAGAGCAGGGGUCCCCAAACUAAGGCCUGGGGGCCGGAUGCGGCCCUCCAAGGCCAUUGACCUGGCCCCCACCCUCAGUUUUAGACUUAGGCUCGCCCAAAGUCUGAAAUGACUUGAAGGCACAACAACAACAAUCCUACUUGAUUAUCUCAUUGGCCAGAAGCAGGCCCACACUUCCCACUGAAAUCCUGAUAAGUUUACAGUAUGUUGGUUAAAAUUAUUUUUAUUUUUAAAUAUUGUAUUGUUCUUUCAUUUACUAAUAUUGUAAAUGAAAUAUUGUAAAUGAAUGAUGUGGUAAUCAUAUAAUAUAUUGUGUAUACAUAUAAUAUUGAUAAUAAUAUUAUAAUGUAAUACAAUAUUUUAUUUAUUUAUUUAUUUAUUACAGUAUUACUACCCCACCCUUCUCACCCAAUAGGGGACUCAGGGCAGCUAAUAAUAAUAAUACAAUAUAAUAAUAUUGUAUAAUAUAAUAUUAAUUAUAUAUUAUAUAUUAAAUGUAAUAUUACUAAUAAUAUUACGGUAUAAUGGUAUAGUUCAAUAUAGUAAUAUAUAAUGCUAAUAUUGUGCUAUGCUAAUAAUAUAAUAUAUUGUAUGUACAUACAACUUGUAAGCUGCUCUGAGUCCCCUUUGGGGUGAGAGAGGGUGGGGUAUAAAUGUAGCAAAUAAAUAAAUAAAUAAAUAAUUUUGCUGGGUUUUUUGUUUGUUUGUUUUGCCCUGAAAACAUGGCUAUGUGCCCAGGCUUUCAAAGAUUAAGUGAUAAAGACGACCCAGACUAAUUUACAGCUACAGCAUGAGGAUUUUGGAUGAACAGAUUUUUAACCAUAUGUUUUAUAUUUUUAUAUUAUUUUUAAUUAUUUUAAUUACAUGCAGGCAUCGAAUUGUUGCCAAUUGUGUACGCCACCCUGAGUCCCUUCAUGUGAGAAGGGUGGGAUAUAAAUGUUGGAAAUAAUAAAUAAACAAAUAAAUAAGACAUGUGCAGUGAG